GAUGCUGGUGGUCCUGCUCACAGUGGCGUUGCUGACUCUGAGCUCAGCUCAGAACCUAGAUGAAGAGGUCAUCUAUGAAGAUUUUUCUUCCAUAGUAAGAGGAGAGGAAAAACAAAGCCAGAACUCCGAAGAGCAGUCUCAGGCUCCCCCUCCUAAACCUUCUACUGAUGAGAGAGAUGAAGAGGAUUCACAGCAGGGACCACCACAGCAAGCAGACGCAAUAGAUGGCAACCUUCCUAUCAUGGCCAUGGAAACCUAUGGGAAUCAAACUGGUUUGUGGGUCCUCAGAGUCCCCCUCCUGGAAACCAAGAAGGAUCACCACCUUCCCAAUGGGGCAGUCCACAAGGAUCUCCUCAACACCAACCAGCCCAGUAAUCUAGAUGUCAAUGAUGAAAGUGACUGAGAAGAUAACGUCUUUUGGAAACAUGCCAUCGGAACAACACGGUCCUAUGUGUAUGAUCAACAUCACCAUUAAAUAACUA